UUAUGGUCGCUAUGGUAACCUGCUGACGUACUCUUUUUAAAUACUAGUUAGGCAGGUAGUGUGUAGUUUGGGUUUUUGGUCGUAGCUGAGGAAUCCUUGGCGUGAGGAAUCCCGCGCUGUGUGACGCACGCGAGGAAGAGCGGGAACUAUCACAGCGCGAGGACACUCCACAUUCUCCAGCACAGAUGCGCGCGGACUGCGCCGCUUGUUUCCCCACAUCGCUGUUCCCUUAGCUUUCAAAAACAAGCGCGUUGUUUUCUGUCAGCGCGCGUACAGAUAGUGAACCAUCUGUUAGUUAGAAAGUUAGAAAAGUGUCGCGCGGCUGGAGGGGAGAGAGAGAGAGAGAGAGAAAGAGAGAGAGAGAGAGAUGGGCACUUUGAGGGACCUGCAGUACGCGUUACAGGAGAAAAUCGAAGAGCUGAGGCAGAGAGAUGCGCUCAUUGAUGAACUGGAGCUUGAGCUGGACCAGAAGGACGAGCUCAUUCAGAAACUACAGAACGAGCUGGAUAAAUAUCGCUCCGUGAUCCGGCCAGCCACUCAGCGCGCGCACAAACAAAGCGAGCUGCAGGAGCAGCAGCGCAUCAAGAGGCAGGCGAUCUCCGCCGAGCCCACCGCCUUCGACAUCCACGACCUCAGCCAUGUAACGCUCCCCUUCUACCCCAAGAGUUCACAGUCCAAAGACUUGAUCAAAGAAGCCAUCUUAGACAAUGACUUCAUGAAGAACCUGGAGCUGUCCCAGAUCCAGGAGAUAGUGGACUGCAUGUAUCCAGUAGAAUAUGGCAAGGACAGCUGCAUCAUUAAAGAGGGCGAUGUAGGGUCGCUCGUCUAUGUAAUGGAAGAUGGUAAAGUGGAGGUAACAAAAGAAGGCUUGAAGCUGUGCACUAUGGGGCCUGGGAAAGUGUUUGGAGAGCUUGCCAUCCUUUAUAAUUGUACACGAACGGCCACAGUGAAGACUCUAACCAACGUGAAGUUAUGGGCCAUCGACAGGCAGUGCUUUCAGACCAUCAUGAUGAGGACCGGACUGAUAAAGCAUGCAGAAUACAUGGAGUUUCUCAAAAGCGUUCCAACAUUCCAUAGUCUUCCGGAAGAAAUACUAAGCAAACUGGCUGAUGUCCUUGAGGAGACGCAUUAUGAGGAUGGAGAUUAUAUAAUCAGGCAGGGAGCCAGAGGAGACACCUUCUUCAUCAUUAGUAAAGGAAAGGUGACCGUGACCCGAGAGGACUCUGCCAGUCAGGAGACAGUGUACCUGCGCUCUCUGGGGAAGGGUGAUUGGUUCGGAGAGAAAGCCUUGCAAGGAGAGGACAUCAGGACAGCCAGUGUCAUUGCUGCAGAGACUGUUACCUGCCUUGUUAUUGACAGAGAAUCAUAUAAGCACCUUAUUGGAGGUUUGGAGGAUGUGUCCAGCAAAGGAUCAGAAGACGCAGAGGCCAAAGCAAAGUACGAGGCAGAGAAUGCAUUCUUCUUCAACCUGCACCUGUCAGACUUCAAUAUCAUAGACACCCUUGGAGUUGGAGGAUUUGGACGUGUUGAGUUGGUGCAGCUGAAGAGUGAUGAGUAUAAGACAUUUGCAAUGAAGAUCCUGAAGAAGCGCCACAUUGUAGACACCAGACAACAGGAGCAUAUCCGCUCAGAGAAACUCAUAAUGCAGGAAGCUCACUCGGACUUCAUCGUCAGGCUAUACAGGACUUUUAAGGACAGUAAAUACUUGUAUAUGCUGAUGGAGGCAUGUCUGGGAGGAGAAUUAUGGACCAUCCUCAGAGACAGGGGUUCGUUUGAUGAUUCUACCACACGAUUUUACACAGCGUGUGUAGUGGAGGCUUUCGCCUAUCUGCAUUCCAAAGGCAUUAUUUACAGAGACCUCAAACCGGAGAACCUUAUAUUGGACCACCGGGGCUACGCCAAACUGGUGGACUUUGGCUUUGCUAAGAAGAUUGGAUUUGGAAAGAAGACAUGGACAUUCUGUGGUACACCAGAGUAUGUAGCCCCAGAGAUCAUUCUUAACAAAGGUCAUGAUAUCUCAGCAGACUACUGGUCCUUGGGCAUCCUCAUGUAUGAACUACUAACAGGCAGCCCUCCUUUUUCAGGCCCUGACCCCAUGAAGACUUACAACAUCAUUCUAAGAGGCAUUGACAUGAUUGAAUUUCCAAAGAAGAUUACAAAAAAUGCUGCCAAUCUCAUUAAAAAGCUAUGCAGGGACACUCCUUCUGAAAGAUUAGGAAAUUUGAAAAAUGGUGUCAAGGAUAUUCAAAAGCACAAGUGGUUUGAGGGCUUUAACUGGGAUGGCUUACGGAAGGGAACACUGACGCCUCCCAUCAUCCCUAGUGUCACAUCAGCUACAGACACAAGCAACUUUGACAGCUUUCCUGAGGACAAUGAGGACCCUCCUCCUGAUGAUAACUCUGGCUGGGAUAUAGAUUUCUAAACCUGCACACUACAAGCGUAUACACACCAAACUAAAGACCUGUUCCACUGUUGCCUGGAACAGAGCUGCUUCUUUUGGGACAGGCUGCAUUUAAAACUGCUUGGAGAGUGAGAGAGAGAGAGAGAGAACAGACCGAUCGA